AUGACUGAUCAUUUGGUUUUUUUCCUAUGCAGAGGCCAGGAGAGUGCAGGGAUAGUAAUGUCAGAGGGUGGAGGAAACUCAUUCAGGAUUCACAAGGGCAAUGGGCUUGUGAGCAAUGUCUUUACCUCAGACAUUCUUUCCCAGCUUCCAGGAAAUCUGGGGAUAGGGCAUACAAGAUAUUCAACAGUUGGUGGGAUCGACUCAACCAACACUCAACCAUUUGUUGUUCACACGGCUGAUGGACCACUUGCCGUGGCUCACAAUGGAGAGAUUGUGAAUGUUGAGCCUCUGCGGAAAAUGGUUUAUGCCAAGGGAGUGGGUUUGUCAAGCCUGUCAGACAGUGAGCUCAUCACCCAGAUCUUGUGCUUGGUUCCACCCAAUGGGUCUGGGACAGCCUUGUGCAUGGACUGGCCAUCUCGAAUUACACAUCUCAUGCAUCUCACCCCUCUCUCCUAUUCACUCCUCAUUCUCCAUGGAAAUUCUAUUUAUGGGGUGCGGGAUCUGUUUGGAAAUCGACCACUGUGUCUUGGGCGCAUUCAUCAUCCCUUCGACAUUCAUGGUGGAGAAGGAAACAAGGGAGUGAGUCACCCACAAACAAAUACUGAAAGGACCCUUGGUUGGGUGAUCUCAUCAGAAUCAUGUGCAUUCCAAUGCAUGGGGGCAGAGUUCAUGAGAGAAGUGGAACCAGGAGAGCUGGUAGAGAUCUCCUCAUCUGGGAUUCGCUCACUUUGUGUCGUCCAGCUGCCACAUCCCAAAUCCACUGCACUCUGCAUCUUUGAAUAUGUCUACUUCUCCAGGCCUGAUACCUUCCUUGAGGGUCAACAAGUAUGGAAGGUGAGAGAGCGCUGUGGGAAGGAGCUGGCAAUUGAGGCUCCUGUUGAGGCUGACAUUGUGUCCACUGUCCCUGAGUCUGCUACUCCAGCUGCUCUGGGAUUCGCUCAGCAUCUGGGGAUUCCAUACACAGAAGUGUUCAGCAAGAACCGCUAUGUGGGUCGGACAUUCAUUCAACCAACAACACAGUCCCGAAGGCUGGGAGUAACAAAGAAGUUUGGAGCCCUUAGGGAGAACCUUGAAGGUCGACGGGUAGUCAUUGUGGAUGAUUCCAUUGUUCGGGGGACCACCAUUGGACCCAUAAUUAAGAUGCUUAAACAAGCUGGUGCUCGAGAGGUUUGCCCUUACCUCCUCUUACCUUUGAUUGAUUUGCUGGAUGUUGAACUCGUCUUGAAUGUGCUUAAAACAGGAGCUGCAAGCCUGGUGUACCUCAGCAUAGAGGGAUUGGAGAAGGCAGUGAAAGAAGGAAUAAAUGAUACCCAGGGUCGGGAGAGACAGGGACAUUGCACUGCCUGCCUCACA